AUAAAUAAUCAUUUCUAUUAUUCUCUUUCAAUACUAUGAAUUAUUGUUGCCUACUAAUUAUUAUCUAUUCCUUUUACAUCUUUGAAAUUGGCAAAGGUAUUGAUUUGCAAUUGUCAACGGAAGCAACUGUAAUCGAUAUUCAGCAUAAUGUUUCCUUGUCUAAUGAAUAUGAGCAAAUUGUAAGUUCGGGAAUUCCAAUUUUGUUGGAAACCAGAUCAGAGGAAAUCGAUCAUCAUAAUUCUCUUCAUACAGGUGUACCAGCAGGAUUAUAUUUUCGAAUUAGUCAAAAGGGUGUGGAUUAUAUCACAGGUUUGACUGCUGAAGCAUUACCGCAGUUACUUGAAAAAUCCGAAAUGCCAGCUAUUGAACUACCACAAAUCAAAAUUUCACAUUUAACUAUCGAUAAAUUUAGUAAUCCAACGAUAAAAGCUAAAUUCCUUGCCAAUAUCGGUAUUGGAGCAUAUGUAUUCUUACCUCACGUGAUGCUUAACGCAAUCUAUGAUGCUUCAACCUUCUUUAUCUCUCAUAAAGGAAAAUUGAAAGCUGAUGUGCAGAAUUUAAGUGUUUCAAUGGAAAUACAUAUUAGUCGAAAUGAAAGCGAACGAUUGAAUAUUAUUGAGACACCGGUAUGCAAUGUCACCUCUGAUCUUGUAAGAAUUGUUUUCGCAGGUGACAUGUCAACCUAUCUAAACUUACUGAGGUCAGUGAUUGAGCAAGCAGUAACCGAUGUCCUCGGGAGUGAACUUUGUCAACUUGCUGUAAAAGUAGGACAAUUCUUCGAGCAACAAAAACGACAGAUUCUGAUGACGACACCUGUUCCGCCAUCGACAUCAUCAACGCCAACGCCUACACAUCUAUUAAGAUUCGGCGAACUUCCUCAACCAUUGAAUGCAAAACCAGUUGAAAAUGAAAAUGCUUUUUAUGAAACAUCCAACGAAAAGGCGGAAGAUGAUGAAGAUUUGGCAGCAAAAUUUGCAGCUGAAUUAUGUGCUGAUGAUCGAAUCGAUAUGGAUGUAAUGACAUAUUCUGGUGAUACGAUUUCUUUACGACAAACACGUGAUAUUCAUUUUCGAACAACUCCUACAAGUGAACGUUUCAAUCCACUAUUAAAAAAUGGUCUUUGGGCACCAGAUUUGACAUUACUGUAUUCACCAAAAUUUUCAAAUGAGGAUGUGAUAUUUGGGCUCGAUUCAGGCAUUGUAUUUUUUGGGCAAAAAGCUAAAAAUGUUAAUCGACCAAAUAUGCUCAAUAUAUCAGCUUUUGGUGAUAAAAUGUUCGGUGUUAUUAUCAGCGAAUAUGUACCUAAUACAUUCUUUGCACAUGUUUACGAUGAAAAUAUGGGUGUGUUACGUGAAACAUUCCGUACUCAUAAUUUACCAAAAUUUAUAAAACCAAUAGCUAAAUUAUUUUGCGCUCAUUGUGAACUUCAAUUUAUUGCUAAUCUAACAAGAAGGCCAUAUCUUGUUAUCAAUGAACAAGGUGUUAAAAUUGAUAUACAAGUUAAUUUGCUGAUUUUAUUUGUUGGCAAAACACAACAGCAUAAUAUUGUGAAUGCAAAUGCGGAACUUGAUGUAACGGUAGGUUGA